GCCGCCGCCGCCGCCUGGAGCCGCUCAUGGAGGCGACGAAAGCCGAGGCGGCGCCGCUGCCGCCGCCAGCGAGGAGCUCGUCGCUUGUGGAAACCGUGCUGGCCUGCUCGGGCCUCCUAGAGAACGAGGGCCUCGGCGGCCGCAUCUCCCGCAUCUCCUGCCGGGUGGAGGAGCUGAAGGAUGAGGUCUGCAGCAUGAUCAACCAGAGGUAUAUAGAGUUCUUGCCCAGCAUGCAAAGCGCCAAGGAUCUGGAAUCCCAAGUGGAAGAGCUGUCUGGCAACAUCGACCAGCUGAAAUCCAGGAUUGAGAAUGAGGUUCAGCAGGACCUUAACGUGGCCAUCGCUGAGUUUGCUGAGCUGAAACAACAGCUGGAGAGAGACACACUAAUUCUGAGUGUGCUGAAACAGCUGCAGGAGUUUGAUACUGGUCUUAAACAGUUUAGCACCUUGUUGCCGCAGAAGAAGUACGUGUCAGCAGCCUGCUACUUGAACAAGGCCCGGAGGAAUCUGAAAACGAUGGAAUCCCGUCGAGGCUUUGAACUGAAAAUUCUGAAGGCGCUCAGCAGGGAGAUCACCUUGCAGACCCAAAACAUGCUCUACCUCUUGGGUCAGGAGUGGCAGCAAAUGGCCGUGUGGAAGCUUCCUCAAUCAAAAGAAACUGGUAGCUUGGAGGCAGUCACGCAGACGGAGUUGUGUUUGUACACAAUGCUGCCCAAGGAGGAUGUGGUCACUGGCCCGACAGUGGCAUCUGUCCUGCAGGCAUUUGCUAUCCUGGGUGAGCUGCGCAUGAAGUUCAAGCACUUUGGACAGUUACUGCUGAAGCACAUUCUCAAGCCGCUGAUCUCUCACCCGUCAUUACAGCCCUUGGUGGAAGAACAGCCUGAUGUUGUCACACUGAGGUUUCAUUCUGUGGGCUCUAAGCUUGGCCAUCCGCCCCCUGUGGAGGUGUUUGCAAAGAUCCAGCUGGUCUUUGAGGUUCUUCACAAACUUCAAUUAGAUGUUCCACUUGACUCCUGCGUUGAGGAGGAGAACCACUCCAUGCCCGUCUUGGCGGAGGUGUUGGGCGACAUGAUCUGGAAGGAGAUGUCGGAGUGCCUCAUUCAUGACUGCUUGGUGCAUUCGAUCCCAAACAACAGUAGCAAACUGGGGCAGUAUAUUGAGGUUAUUAAAGCUACUGAGGAGUUUGAAAAGGCCUUGAAGGACAUGCGGUUUCUAAAGGAGGAUUCCACCGACCUGCUGACGUAUGCCCGCAAUGUCAACUGCCACUUUGCUAACAAGAAAUGCCAGGAUGUCAUAGUGGCAGCGAGAAACCUGAUGACGUCAGAAAUACACAACACCGUAAAGGUUACCCCUGACUCUUCAGUAAUGCUGCCUAAGCUGCCUGACCCUGGAGCAGGUGACCAGUUGAAGAUGCUAAAAGUGCCCGAGGCUCUUAUCAAGCAGGUGGCGAAUCUGGAGAAUGAAACAAGGCUGAGCCGGCAUACUUUUUCGUUUCCUACGUGCCGGAUCAGUGACUCCAUCCAGAAAUUGAUGGCGUUGGCUUAUCAGACGCUCCAGGAGGCUUCGGCUAGCACCGAUCAGUGGUGCAUACAGCUCUUCUACUCGGUGCGGAACAUCUUUCAUCUGUUCUGUGACGUGGUGCCGAUGUAUCACAAAGAGAACCUACAGAAACUUCCCCAGCUGGCUGCUAUCCACCACAACAACUGUAUGUACAUUGCACACCACCUCCUGACCCUGGGCCACCAGUUCCGGGGCCACCUGAACGACGGGACGGCCACUUUUGUUGACCUGGUGCCUGGCAUCAGGAAACUUGGGACGGAGUGUUUCCUGGCCCAGAUGCGGGUCCAAAAGGGAGAGCUCCUGGAGAGACUCUCAAGCGCAAGGAAUUUCUCCAACGUGGAUGACGAGGACAACUAUUCUGCGGCAAACAAAGCUGUACGGCAGGUCCUGCACCAGUUGAAGAGGCUUGGCAAAGUGUGGCAGGACGUCCUCCCCGUGAACAUCUACUGCAAGGCCAUGGGGACAUUGCUUAACACUACCCUCACGGAGAUCAUUCACAGAAUCACCACUUUGGAGGAUAUCUCUGCUGAGAACGCAGACAGAUUGCAUGCGCUGUGCCAAACGGUGGUGGACGAGGGGCCCCACGUGUUCACGCCUCUGCCGGAAGAGAAGCAGAACAGGCCUUUCCAAGAAGAGGUCCCGGUCUACGUUCCAAAAUGGAUGACGUUCAAGGAGCUCAUGUUGGUGCUACAGGCCAGCCUGCAAGAAAUCGUGGACCGGUGGGCAGACAGUAAAGGGCCUCUUGCAACUGAAUUCUCCCCAGGCGAGGUGAAAAACCUAAUCCGAGCCUUGUUCCAGAAUACGGAGCGGAGGGCGGCUGCCCUGGGAAGAAUCAAGUAGCUUCAUGACCAUCCCUCCUGUUCCUAAAACGUCUUCCUGGGCGUGCUUCAAUCGGCAUGGCCUGUGGCCCUCAACUCUCCAAUUUGACCUUCUCCCCUUCUAAAGUAUUUUCUAGCAUCUUGUGUGGGUGGGUGUACCUGGAGACAGGCCCGCAUAUUUGGAGGAGAAUCGCCUAACCCGGCAACCCAGCCAACGCAGGAACUGUGUACCCUUCAGUCUCCAUAAUUGCCUGACCUGACCUGACCUGACCCCAACACACCUGCGACCUUGCUUGUCGGAUUUUAACUCCUGGCUCCCAUGUACAGAUUUUGCCGACCGUCCCCUUCCUGCUUUGGGCGUUGGGCAGCAUCUGCUUGGGUCCGGUAGAACAAUUGGCAAAUGAGCCCUGGCGCGUCUGGGGCGCGCGGACGUUCAGUGGGCGGGUUGGUGGGUGAAUCCUUGCGGAACGGCAUCUAUGCAGCUUCUUUUAAAGGGAGACUCCCUUUACUCAUCUUACCUCGUCUCUUUUGCAAACGGCUUCUGAAGCACACUAGACUCGAAAAAUCUCUCAGUGGCCUGUCCAGGCCCUCCAAGUGCCAAAAUGCGGUAGAUUUGCCUGCUGCUGCCUUUAGUGGACUCCAUGCAGCAGAACUUGGAUGGAGGAGUAGGUUAGGUUGCGAUCCGUCUUAAGGCCUCUUCCGACGUUCUCCGCACACGGAUGCAAUGUGUGGAAAGGGGGAGACCACUGCUCGUCCCACCCUCAAUGUCAGGUGGACCACGGCACCCCCACCCUCGGGACAUCUGUGCAUUGUCUACAACAGGGAAGCCCAUGCCUGUCCUGGGGUCCCAGUAACAUGGAAGCCUAUAUGCUGAAUGUGCGUUGGCUUUCCUAUUGCAGAAGGCACGCUCGAUGCACGGAUAUCCAGGGAUACGCUCGACACUGGGGUGGGCGUAGUGGGUUAGUCCUGCUGCUCCUUUCCUCCCUGGGUAAAACCUACACUUGGAGUACAUCCAAAGAGGCUUUCCCCUCUGCCUCUUUUCUCAACUCCAGCAUUCGCUUUGACUUGAUGUCCACAUCAUUACUCAAAACUGGCUGCUCCUAAACUUUCUCACGUCUCAGAUUGGGCAGCCAGUCUCUUCUCCCAUCUCCCGUUCUUCAUGUACUGCGUUAGAGGUCAACUGUUAGUUAAAAUGGAGGUCCUCCGUCUUUUGGCAUCUGGCGGGGAUGCAUAAUGCUUUCGGAGAACCCCCACCCCAUCUCACUCCUUUCUCGGGAUUAUUUAUUUCCGCAUUUAAAAACCAACCUCCGUUCACAGAGGCUGAAAACCAUCCAGUGCCCUGUUUAGUAGAGACCACAUUGGUUUAAAAGGAUGGAACUAAAAAGUGGGGAAACGUUAUUGGAUUAAGCACUUCAUAAAAAAUAAUUUUGUAUUCUAUUGCAAUGAGCUAACUUGCGUUACUUCCACAUAUUGUAUUUUUUGAAUUUCACUCUUUGGAGGUAAUUAAAUAUACAUAUCGGGCUCUA